AUGAGCCCACCCUCACCGGAGAGAGACGAGGGGGCGCCAGUGGAUAUGAACGACGAUCACCUAGACUUGUCUCCGGAUCGAGACGGAGCGUCGAGUGACGAGGAGACUGUAAAAGGGGAUCGCGAACUGGAGCAGAUAUAUGAGAUUCUGGAGGAGGAACGGCAAGAAGAUGCCUUUACCGCCGCGCCCGAGCCUGGCGCCGUCGCGAACCGCUACCGUCAACUGCUGCGAGAUGGUGAUGAUGUGUCUGAGAAUGGAUCAGCCGAGGGACUGCCCCGGAGGGUUGGAAGCCCAAUCGAAUCGUUACUCUCGGCGCCUGAUGACUCUCCCUCUGUCCAGGGCUCUCUCCUCUCCUCCCCUGGAAGCAGCAUCCUCCCCUCGAUGGCCUCACGACCUGGUUUAGGCAGCCCGACUCCCUCCUUCAGACCUUUCGACCGGCGAUUCCAGUCCCGCAUAUCCACACCCUCUAUCCUAUCGCCACGACCAUCGUCCCCUGCCUUCCUGAGCAGCCAUAGCAGGAAUGUCUCUAUGGGCAGUCAGUUCAUGCUGGACGCUGGCGAGACCGAAAUCCCUUCUCCACCGUGGGAAGUUGUACGAUGGACAAGGUUGAAGAAGCUCAAUGGACAAGCCUUCUCAGAACCCGGAAAGCGCAACUUUGGCUCUCCUACGUGUAUAGCUGUUUCUGCCUCGAUUGUACUGGGUACCUCCAAGGGCAUAAUCCUAAUGUUUGAUUACAACCAAAAUCUGAAAACUAUCAUCGGUCCGGGCACGAGAGCUGUCGAGUCUGGUCCUGUCACUUCCAUUGCCAUAUCAGCCGACCACACGACGGUGGCAGGUGGCCACGCAAAUGGAAACAUAUUCACUUGGGACACCAGUUGGGCUGCUCGGCCUUUUCUGCAAAUUCCUCAUCUAGACCCAUCUCAGAUGCAGAAUCGGACCACGGAUGGGCAUUUACCCAAUGUGGCUAUAACACACCUCGGAUUCCUGGGUACAAGGCGUACCGCCUUGGUUUCGGCCGAUGACCGUGGGAUGGCUUUUUCUCAUCUCGCGACCCGAGGUACUGGUGCAUUUGGAAGAACAGUCAAGACAGUGAGGAUCCUGGGUCGUUAUCCUGACACCCCGGCGCCUUCAGGCAAGCCCUUAAAACCCAGCACAGUGCUGGGUUUUUCGCCUUUGCCACUCGGGAACGUGGAACGCGCGACAGACUCUAUGGGUCUUACAGCCAUGCUUACGCCGUACCUGCUCGUCAUCGUUUCGACCACGCCUGUUGCUCAAACGCAGCACAAGUCGGCUCGCCCAAAGGACGUUGAGCUACAUAGCGCUAUGAGCGGCUGUCUGGCUUGGUUUCCUGCGGUCAAGUUGAAAGUGCCGGAUCCGAGCACAGGCAGCACCAUGUCUAAGGUUAAACUGGUCUACUGUUGGUCCAAUGUCUUGACCGUCUUAGAUGUGGAUGAGAUACCUAAUGAUAGCAAGGACAAACCACCGACUCUCAAAUUCAAAGCUCGCAGCCGGUGGAAGUGCGAAGAGGCCAUUGUCGCGGUGCAGUGGCUGAGUCGCUCCGUUCUUACCGUCUUGACUAUCACCCAGAGGCUCAUCGUCCUGGAAGACCGAUCCAUGAGGAUGACAGAAGCCUUCGAUCUUGUCCAUAAACACAUAUAUCACAGCGAUCUUUUCUCGACCCAAUUGCAUAGUCUGGUAGAGCAACUCGACGAAGAUGAUACCUCUAUGCAUGGUGUUGUUGCCGAUGCUUUCUACAUGAGUCUCAAGACUUACAAAGGUCGGAUGUUCUUGCUUGGUUUUAACGACGUUUCCAUCGGCGCCUUGUCAAACUGGGCCGAUCGACUGAUUGCAUUGAUGGAGAACGGAGACUACGUGGGUGCAAUUCAGCUGGCGACAUCCUACUACGCAGGUGAUGCCAACAAGCUCACCGUUGGUCUCCCUGAAGAUACUGCCCUUCGGCAUCAGAUGGUACGGGAAAAGUUGAUCGAGAUAAUGAGCGCGUCCCUCAAAUAUGCGUUUGGUCAACGUCAAAAGAACAAGUCAUCGGCCGAUGAUCAACACUUGCAAGAACUAGCGGAGACGUGUUUCAUUGCCUGCCAGAAUCUUGCCGAUAUGGAUUUCCUUUUCGACGAAUUGUACGAGUGGUAUGAGGAUGGCGACGUGGAGGGAAUCUUCCUCGAGGUUCUGGAGCCCUAUAUCCUGGAGAAAACGAUAACAAUCGUACCACCUACAGUCGUCAAGGCCAUGGUUACCCAUUUUGUAAGCAAGGGCUGGGAAAGCCGUCUCGAGGAGAUCAUCUGCCACAUGGAGACGGCGACUCUGGAUAUCGACCAGAUAACGCUGCUCUGCAAACAACACGGCCUCUACGAUGCCCUGAUCUACGUGUGGAAUCAGGCAUUGACUGACUACAUCACGCCACUCAUCGACCUCCUGACAUUAUUGAAACCAUUGAUGCAAAACGGCGACUAUGCAUCAUCAGGAGACAUCAUGGGGGACGAGAUGUUCGGAGUCAACGCCCUGAAUAUGUUCCCUUACCUCUCUUACACAUUAACUGGGAGAGUCUACCCAACCGGAGAGAGGAUAGAAUAUGAUCUGGCUUCAAAAGCCAAGGCUGAGUUGUACUGGUUCCUGUUCUCUGGAAAAAGCAUUGCCUGGCCGAAAGGCAGCAGCAAGCCAUUCCUCACUCGCGCAGCUGGAGCCAAAGAGCCUUCAUUUCCAUAUCUCCGGAUGAUACUCAAGUUCGACGCGCCGAGCUUCUUGAGCGCUCUCAACGAGGCGUUUGAGGAUUCAUUUCUGAAUGACUCGCAAGAAAAGCAGCUCAAUGGCGGAGCAGUCAAGGAUCUCCCCGAAGAACAAGCCUUUGGCUUAACCGUCGACCGCCAAUACGUGGUCACGAUUUUGUUAGAGAUCAUGAACCCGGCCGACUUCGCACCUGAAGAUACAAUCUACCUGGAUAUGUUCAUUGCCCGGAAUCUUCCAAAAUUUCCACAGUACCUCUUGAUCCCGGGCUCCACCCUCAAUAAGAUAGUGGCUGGGCUAUGCGAAUACCCCGGUGCUGAUCUGGCCGAUGAUGCUCAGCUGAGUGCAGAAUACCUACUUUCGAUAUACCACCCGCCCGACUUGUCACCUAUGAUACCCCUUUUCAAGAAGGCUGGGUUCUACCGGAUCUUGAAACGCACGUACAAGAACGACAGGGAGUAUGGUAAACUGGUACACACCUACUUUGAAGACCCGGAAGACCAGGAGGAAGUAUUCGACUGUCUUGCAGACUGCCUGCGGCCGCAAGCGAGACUCAUGAAGAGACAGAUACAAGAAGUUCACGAUGCCAUCAAGGAACACUCCAACGAGCUGGUUGAGUUGGAUCCUGUUCGGGCUGCCCAGACUCUGGAUGCCUAUGCUCCGCAACUGCAUCGGUUUGUGAUGGAAUCACUCGAUGGCGGCUCAGAGUUGCAAUUCACCUAUCUCAAGGCCUUACUAGAACCCGAUGAAGGCGUGGAGCAGCGGACUAGUGCUCUGGACCGAGAUUUCAUCGAGCUUUAUGUGCAGCUCAUGUGCCAAUACGACGCCGCUCAUGUUUCUGACUACGUCGGCAUCGUCCAGGCUACGAAGUUAAGACUUGAGAGGUUGCUGCCCACUAUGGAAGACACUGGUGUCAUCGACGCUGCUGUCAUCCUCAUGGCUCGAGAGGGGCAAGUACAGGAUGCCAUGAGCCGGCUGACGAAACAUCUAAACACAUUGGAGUCGGCCUUGCUGGGCCUGCUUUCCGGUAGUGAGUACAAAGAGGGUGAGGUGGAUGUACAAAGAUCAGCCGAAGAUCUUCUCACCGGGCUACAAAAGUACACCCACGUAGGGAUAUGGCUAUGCCAGAAUCAAAUGAAAGCCUCCAAGAAGUCGACCCCUCUUCAACGAAGACAAAGCUCGCCAGCUCCGAGUGAUCUCGCCGCCGAUGAGCUUCUGUGGCUCGAGUUGAUCGACACAACAGUCCAUAUAAACCGCAGGUUAUCAUCACUUGUCGUUUCUUCAACGCCUGAACUGGCAUCGAACGACUCAGCCCCUGUGGGACUGCUAGAUACUGAUAAGCUUGUGGCCCUUCUCCGAUCUCUUGUUCAACAUACGUUCACAGCACUCUUAACGGCAACCUCCACCCAAGAGCCUGCUCAGCCCAACGCUCGCCUGACGACAGGCUCAGGUGGCAGCCUCACGUUCCUGCGCAUCCUUCGCGAUUUCCUGACACGGGCUGCCGCCACCUCGCCCAAUCUGGCCGAUCUGCGCGCAGUUCUGACAUCCAUAUUCUCUGCUUAUGCCUACGAGGAAUCGAUACUGCAUCUCUCGAACCGACUACUCGAACAACAGCUUUUCGUCAACGUCCAGCAAGCAGUAGAACUUCGGCAACGCGGUUGGCGGCCUAAGGGGUCCACAUGCGAAGCUUGCGGACGUCGGGUGUGGGGGCCGGGCGUUGCGGGUAAUGUCUUCGAAGCCUGGGAGGAGAGACAGUCAAACGAGGAUCAAAAGCGAGCAGAGCGAAAGGCUGCUGUUGCCGGACUCCCCUCUCCUCGUGGCAAGGGGAAAGCUGAACCUUCGCAAGGACCCAAAGCGUACUCAGGGAAGGGGAAAGGGAAAGGCACCGAGACGGAAACCGAGUCUCGACCAAAUGUUCCGAAGGAUGACGCUGUCACGGGCGAAGAGCAGAGCACUACAGGAAGUAAACCUGGCACGAAUGGGGAUGUUGUCGGGGCACGUCAGAAAGGCCAUCAACAGCCACUUGGGCCGCUCGUCGUGCUGGCUUGUAGACACAUAUACCACCAGAGCUGUCUGGAUGCGCUGCAGGAGGCGCAGCGGGGCGGGGAUGACGGGGACCAUCGGAUGGUGGAUGAGUUUGGCCGCGAGAGGGGAUAUAGAUGUCCCAUCGAUGGGUAG